CAUAAAAUAUGCAAAAUAAAAACAACACAAAAACUAUAGACGAAGAAGAAAAAAAGAAAAGAAAAGAAAAGCAUGGUUUUGCAGAAAAACUCCUCCUCCUCUUCUCUCCUCCUCCUGCUGCUGCAGCUGCUGCUGUGGCUGACAAAAACAUCGGCGCUUUCUUAUGCGAAGCCCGGUUGUCCAGAAUACUGCGGAGAUGUUAGAAUUCCAUAUCCUUUUGGAAUAGGUCCCAAUUGUUACUUAGAUAAAUGGUUCUCCAUAGGGUGCAAGAACUCAAGCAGCAACAACAACGGAGCUGCACCUUACUUAAUAGAGAUCAAUCUUGAGGUGCUGGAAAUUUCAUUGAAUGGAAGCUACCUUCGAGUCAACAAUCCAGUAACAUCUCCCAACUGCCCCAUCAACAACAACGUAAACUCAACUUUAAGCAUUGACUUGAGAUUUAGCCCUUUUCGCUUCGCAGAAACAACCAAUGUAUUCAUGGCCACGGGCGUGAAUUGCAACAACCAGGAGGCCAUAUUGACUGAUCCGGACAACCAAAGGAUUACCAAUUGUUCGUCUACUUGCGAUCCUAUUAAUAAUAUUAAUAUUAGCUCCUGCGCUGUUGAAAUCUCACCGUAUGUGCAGUACCUGCAGGGCUACAAGGUGAAUUUGCAAAGCACAAACAACAGUACUCAGAGUGGAGGUGGAGUUGUCCAAACAUCAUGUGUAUAUGCGUUCUUGGUAGAUGCCCAAACACAAGUGUUGGUCGGUGUGAACAAGGGUUUCAGUGAGGCUGUCCAAAUUCAUGUCCCUGCUGUUCUCGAAUGGGUAGUCCAGUACAAUACCACACAGCUCGGUUUGGUUCCCGACAACUACAAAAAUAGCUACUCCUGUCUUCCGUGGUCGCUUGCAUAUUCUUCUUUCUCAGACGGCAAGUGUGUUGUUGUUCAAAGCCUCCAGUGCAUUUGCAAUUUUCCCUUUCUUGGAAAUGCUUAUUUUCCCAAUGGAUGUGUAGAUACGUCCAUUAAACCUCCUAAGUCAAAUGCGGGUAUUAUCAUUGGUGUUUGUGCUGGAUUAGCUGGAGGAUUGUUUUUACUAAUUGCUUCUUGGUGGUUCUACAAAGUAAUAAAGAAAAGAAAUGACAAGAAACGCAAGGAAAUUUUCUUCAAGCGAAAUGGAGGUUUUUUGUUACAACACAAGUUGUCUUCAAGUGAUGGUAGCGUUGAAAAAAUCAAACUAUUCAAUUCGAAAGAGUUGGAGAAAGCCACCGAUCAUUACAAUGAGGAUCGUAUUCUCGGCCAAGGAGGCCAAGGUACUGUUUACAAAGGCAUGUUGUCAGAUGGGAGAAUCAUCGCUGUCAAAAAGUCUGAGGUUGUGGAUGAAGGAAAAGUUGAGCAAUUCAUCAAUCAGGUCGUCGUUCUUUCACAAAUUAUUCAUAGGAAUAUAGUCAAGCUCUUGGGUUGUUGUCUAGAGACAGGCGUUCCUCUACUAGUAUACGAGUUCAUCUCAAAUGGAACACUCUCUCAACAUAUUCAUGAUCCAAAUGAGGAGUUCCCAUUAUCAUGGGAAAUGCGGUUUCGGAUUGCCACAGAAGUUGCUGGAGCUCUUUCCUACUUGCAUUAUGCAGCUUCCAUACCCAUCUAUCAUCGAGACAUGAAGUCAGCCAACAUACUCUUGGAUGAUAAAUAUAAAGCAAAAGUUUCCGACUUUGGAACUUCAACAUCAAUUGAUGUUGGUAAUACUCAUUUGACCACACGAGUACAGGGGACUUUUGGGUACUUGGAUCCAGAAUACUUUCAAUCGAACCAAUUUACUGAAAAAAGUGAUGUUUAUAGCUUCGGAGUUGUUAUUGUUGAGCUUUUAACUGGGCAAAAACCAAUCUCUUCCAAUAGAUCUCAAGAAAGUAGGAGUUUAGUCACGUAUUUUAUGGAAUCAAUGCAGGAAAAUCGUCUACUUGAGAUUCUUGAUCCCCGGAUUCUCAAAGAGGGUCGGAAAGAAGAGAUGAUUGCUGUUGCUCACGUCGCAAGAAGAUGCCUAAACUUGAAUGGAAAGAAGAGGCCUACAAUGAAAGAUGUUGCAGUUGAGUUGGAUGGAAUUAGAAUGUCACAUGGAAGUCUGACAAUUCACCAACACUAUGAAGAGGUUGAAUACAAUACAAUUGACCUUAUCGAGGCUUGGGAGGUUGCUUCAACCUCGACUGGAACUUUUUUAGAUAGCAGUACAGCUUCAACAUUUGAAAUGCAAUCACUACUGCAUAACAAGCCGUGAAGUAUACACAUGCACACAACAUAAUACAUAUAUGUAAUGCUUGUCCAUCUUAGAUUUUUUGCUUGAGACUAUACCAAUAAGUUACCAUAAAGAUUUGUUAUUGAAAUGUUGGUUAGAAUAAUUAAGUACUAGUAUGCAAAGCUACAAACUAGUAUGACUUAUGCUUUGGAUUGGCAAUAUUAGUAGUUUCCUAUACUAUACAUAAUUCAUUUUAAUAAAGGUAUCAUCUAUAUGUAUUUAAUGUACGUAUGAGUGAUUAAUAAUGAUCUGUCCAUUAAACGAGUU